GUUUGUAACGCAAACGUUAAUCAAGCCCCUUUGGGGGACCGGGCACUGUACUGGCACGGGAGACAAAGACCAUGCCUGUGGAGGGAAACAGAAAAGCAGAAUAAACCAGAAAUUCCAGUGCCAGGGUAAGUACCGGGCCAGAGGCACACAGAGGGUGCAAAGGAGAGACGACCGGGAGACCCUUACUUACUUGAGUGGUGGGCAGUGGGUGGUCAAGAAGGACUUGGCAGAGAAGGUAAAACUAGAGCUGAGAAUUAAAGAAAUAGACGGGAAAGGAAGAAUAAGGCUUAGCUAGUCAGAUCAAGUGAGUGAAAGUCCUUCUAGACUUAGGGAAAGUACCUACCAGGAGCAGAAGACGGGAGUGGCCGGAGGUGGCAGUUUCAGGGACUUGAUUGUACUGCUGGCGUCUAGGCAGCGUGCCCAGUUGAGACGCAGGAGGACACACCAGGUCCUUCACGAGGUCGCUGCGCUCAAGAAUCGUACGCUGUCCUCAGAAGUUUGCAUUUUACUUUGGAAGGAUUUAUGAGUUCUGAAGGAUUUUAUGCAGUAGAGUGAGGGAUCAAAUUUGGGUUCCAUCUCUGAAGUUAUCCUUGAAGGAUGUUGUUUGCGUUCCUGAACAAAAGUAACAGAUUGCCUUCGGAACACGAGCUCUUGUACUCUUUUAUAGAAAUGUAUUUAAGACGUCUUUGUUUUCCAACCAGCAUCUUAUACUGCUGAGCAGAAUUUCUGCCUCCGUCCUGUGAUCUAAGCUCAACUAACUGUCAGCUGCCCCGUGCCUGUGUGACUCGCGGUUCAUUCUAGUCAGACUUACGGGUCCAGCAAUGUCAUCCUGUCUCAAAUGGAGUUGGAAUUCACCCAAAUUCCACAGUUUCUAGUGUUCGGGGAAGCCAUUAUUUUAAAAUAAUGAUAAAUCAUCUCUCUAAAAAUGAAAUUCUCUUUUAAAUUUACAUCUAAGUCCCUUCAGGGCCCCAGAAAGUCCGUGAUGGUGCAUCUUGGAGCACUGGUCUUCUUAAAAUUCGAGGGAAAGCUUUUUGCAGUCCUGUCCUCUCUAUGGGUGGAAAUGGCAAAUAAUUCAUGGAGGACAUCUGUUUAUUUUCUUCUGCCAUUUGAGUAUGUCGGUGGGAAAAUGUGAAAAGUACUCAUUUCAGUUGAUAAUAAUAGCUCCAACUUUUAAGUGCCUGCUCUUUGUCAAUUUACAUAAUUCAUUUUGUCCAACAAAUGUAAACACAGAGUAAAGUCCAAAGCCUUGUGCCAGGGACCAGAACCGUAGCUGUACACAAAAUGCCUUUCCUUGUUAUGGAGUUUCUCUCACAUGCUUCCAGCUACUCUGAAGUGUGUAAUGUUACGCACAUAAUGAAGUUUGUUCAGAGACCCUCUGCAGGGAGCAUCUACUCUGUGCUGCUCUCCACUGCUGCACUCGGGGUGGAGAUGGGGGUGUCAAUCUCAACUUUCCCAUAUCUACUCCUGCCUUUACUUUAUUCAUUAAAGAAUUUCAUUGCUUUCCCCUUGGCUACCUUCCUGUCUCUAGAAUUGAACAAGGGCUAGCAAUCAUCACUACCAUCAUCAAUCAAUCAAUCAAUGUCCAUAUAUGAGCUUAUUAUUCUGUUAGUUAUUAACAGUAGCCAUAACAGCCACAAAUCUAUAUUGAGUCCCUACUGUUCACAAAUUCACUGUUCUCAGACUUUAAGUCUACAAAGAAAUGGAAGUCACAGCUCCAUAUAAUAAGUCACAUAACAAUUCAGGAUAGCCAGAGAUCAUGCAAGGGUAGAGAGCAUAAGUGCUUAAGGGUUUAGGGAGGGCUUCCUGAAGGAGGUGUCCAACAAGCCACAUUUUCAAGGAAGGAAAAGCUUUAACUAAACAGGAUAAAGGGGAGUGUCUUCCAGGCAGACCCAACUAAAUCGAUUGCCCAAAAGAAGGUGACCUCAGUAUAUCACACAUUUUUCCUCUGUUCCUGAGAACUGAAAUAGUCACAGCUGGGUGUAGUUAUGUUUCAACAAAGGAGAUUACUCUACUCCAUUUCUCUACUCUAGUGUGGUUACAUUUCAAGAGAGGCAUCAUUUUACUCUGACUGAAAGCAUGCCUACUUCCCUAUCAGUGCCGUCAUGGAAUGAGUGAAUGAUUCCCUUGGAGGAAUGAGUAGGGAAGCCUCAGGGAGCUGGCUGUUUGCCAGGACAUGUCCAGGGAGAUCUUGGGUGGUCCAGACAGAACUAGGGUCAGAUCUGCUCCUGAGGAUACCCAAGUCGUUUUGCUCAUCACCAGAACUGCCCUCCUUCUCUAGAAGGUCAUCUGGAAGACCUAAGUUGCAUGAGAUCUCAUGUCAUUGAUUUGUUAUUGAUUAAGAUUGGAGCUGGCAUUCAACCCAUUCUCAGCUCCAGCAACAGUAGCAGCAGACUUCUCAAAUGGAAUGAAACAGGAAGGUAUGACAACCCAGCAUGUGCCCCUCAGCCUACUUCAGUCAAAUCAGGAAAGGAGAAAGCAAGAGAGCUUUUUACAGGGGCCAGAGGUACCUUCACCAAAAACCUUUGACCAGCAGUACCUGGGGGUCAUUUACUAUGAAUAAAUAAAAGGAGCAACAGUCCAUUACAGUUUAGGAUGAAUGUUGAGCAAUGUUGGUGAAAUAUGGGUACCCAAGGGAUAUUGAAACAGAAACAGAACUUCUCGGCUCCUCUCCUUCAGCAGAUUUAUUGAAGGAUGUUUGCCUGAAACACACUAGGUUCCAAGUAAUCUGCCAGGCACUAGAGGCAAAAAGUGAAUCAGGCAACAUCUGCCUUUGAAAAGCUUGUAGUCUAAUGGGGAGACAGAUGUGUUAACAAGAGCAUUUCAGUCUAAACUUGUAAGGACUGAAAUGUACAAAAGUCCAGAAAAGGACAAGCUAACCAGGAAGUGACGUCUUAGCUGAAUCAUGAUAGAAGAGUAAGACGAGAAAAAGAAGUAGGAAGAAUGUGACAGACAAAAGGGAAGACGCAGCACAAGCUCUUUUGUGGGACAUGAGACCGCACCAUGGGGCUGGCGGGCAAACUCCCUGCCAUUCCAGCAGCUGACCCCAGACAGGGCAGUGAGCCCCUGGAAGCAGGCAGAGGCCAGAAAUCGAGGCGAAGGAAGCAUGUGACUGGCUCCGUGCUGCUGGCUUCCCGCAGUACGCUCAGCUAUACGAGGAUUCGCAAUUUCCCAUCAACAUUGUGGCUGUCAAGAACGAUCAUGAUUUUCUUGAAAAGGACCUUGUAGAACCUCUUUACAGACGACUAAAUACGUUGAACAAGUGUGCCUCAAUGAAACUUGAUGUGAACUUCCAAAGGAAAAAGGGUGACGACUCUGAUGAGGAAGAUCUCUGCAUCAGCAACAAAUGGACUUUCCAAAGAACCAGCCGCCGGUGGUCUCGCGUGGACGACCUCCACACACUGUUUCCUGGAGGAGACAGGAAUGGGUCAUCGGGAGACAUUAGGAUCAAAAACACGACCAGCAGUGAAAGCGUCCUCACGGAUCUGAGCGAGCCCGAGGUCUGCUCCAUUCACAGUGAAAGCAGCGGUGGGAGCGACGGCCGCAGUCAGCCAGGUGGUCACGGCGCCGGCCGGGAGGCCUUCGAGGGCCCCGGGCAGUACUGCGCUGACGGCCCGGUCAUGCUGGACGCCGCGCUGGUGGGCAACAGCCUCCUGCCGUCCCCCAAAGACGGGCUCCAGCACCCCUUGCACCCAAAGAAUGAGAAGCCCAGCCGGGCCAGAGCCAAGUCGUUCCUGAAACGCAUGGAAACGCUGCGAGGGAAAGGCGUGCAGGGAAGGCACAAGGGGCGGUCCGGGGGCCUGGUGAUCAGCGGGCCUGUGCUGCAGCAGGAGCCCGAGUCCUUCAGGGCUAUGCAGUGCGUCCAGAUCCCAAACGGACACCUCCAGAACUCGCCCCCCGCCACCGGCAGUGCCGGGCUUCCUGGCGCCACCAAGUGGGGCGCUGAGAGCAGCCCCUCGGAGAACAGCAGCAGCGGGGGGAGCACGCCCGGCCUGAAGGAGCGGAGGUGCCAGGAGGCCCACAAGCGCGGGGGCAUGUACUUAGAAGACCUGGACGUGCUGGCGGGGACAGCGCUGCAGGACGCGGGGGACCGAAAGCACCACGCGCACGAGUUUCACUCGCAAGAGAACUUGGUGGUGCAUGUCCCCAAGGACCACAAGCCAGGGACCUUUCCCAAGGCGCUCUCUAUCGAAAGCCUCUCACCUACAGACAACAGCCACGGGGCGAGCUGGAGGACCGGGAGUAUCUCCCUGGGCAGACAGCCCGGCCCGGGGGCCAGGGAGCCCAGGCUCGUGGGGUCCUGCCACAGGGCGAGUCGGGUCAGCAUCUACGACAACGUCCCCGGCUCCCACCUGUACGCCAGCACCGGGGACCUUCUGGACUUGGAGAAGGAUGACCUCUUCCCUCACCUGGAUGACAUCCUCCAUCACGUCAACGGGCUCCAGGAGGUGGUGGAUGACUGGUCCAGAAACGUGUUACCCGAACCACAGACACACAGCUCCGGAGAGGCUGGCUUCUCCCCUUUCCCUUCUCCCAAUCAGAUCACCUUGGAUUUCGAAGGCAACUCUGUCUCUGAAGGUCGGACCACACCCAGUGACAUGGAAAGAGAUGGAGCAUCUCUUACUGAGUCAGAGGCUGCUGGGGUCAGAGAAAGGAGGGACUCGGGAGUAGGGGCCUCUCUGACCAGGCCAAACAGGCGACUCCGGUGGAACAGCUUCCAGCUUUCACACCAGCCGCAGCCAUCUACGGCGUCACCCCACAUCAGCGGACAGACAGCCGGCCAGCUGAACCUGCUCCAGCGCUUCUCGCUGCUCCGCCUCACGGCCAUCAUGGAGAAGCACUCCAUGUCCAACAAGCAUGGCUGGACGUGCCUCUCCCCGCAGUGUGCUCCACGAGGCGUGCAUGACCUGGUUUCUGUGAAUUCUAGGGCAGUUCCAAAGUUCAUGAAGAGGAUGAAAGUUCCUGAUUAUCGAGACAAGGCGGUCUUUGGCGUUCCCCUCAUCGUUCACGUCCAGAGAACUGGGCAGCCCCUGCCACAGAGCAUCCAGCAAGCGCUGAGGUAUCUACGCAGCAACUGCCUCGAUCAGGUGGGUCUUUUUCGAAAAUCAGGUGUGAAAUCUCGAAUCCAUGCCUUACGUCAAAUGAAUGAGAACUUCCCUGAGAACGUCAGCUAUGAGGACCAGUCUGCUUACGACGUGGCGGACAUGGUGAAGCAGUUCUUCCGGGACCUUCCCGAGCCUCUUUUCACCAACAAGCUCAGUGAGACCUUCCUCCACAUCUACCAGUAUGUCCCCAAGGAGCAGCGGCUGCAGGCAGUGCAGGCGGCCGUCCUGCUGCUGGCCGACGAGAGCCGGGAGGUGCUGCAGACGCUGCUAUGCUUCCUCAACGACGUGGUCCACGCGGUGGAAGAGAAUCAGAUGACGCCCAUGAACCUGGCCGUGUGUCUGGCCCCCUCCCUCUUCCACCUGAAUUUACUGAAGAAAGAAAGCUCCCCCAGAGUCAUCCAGAAAAAAUAUGCCGCUGGGAAACCAGAUCAAAAGGACCUCAGUGAGAAUCUGGCCGCGGCUCAGGGGCUGGCCCACAUGAUCAUGGAAUGUGACAGACUUUUUGAGGUCCCGCUCGAGAUGGUGGCCCAGUCUCAUAACUCGUAUGUGGAGGCUGAGAUCCAUCCGCCAACUCUGGAAGAGCUGGGGGCCCAGCUGGAGGACAGCGGGGCCACUUUCCACACGUACCUGGAACAUCUCGUCCAGGGCCUCCAGAAGGAAGCCAAGGAGAAGUUCAAAGGAUGGGUCACGUGUCCAAGCACAGACAGCACAGAGCUUGCUUUCAAAAAGGUGGGAGACGGGCCCCCGCUGAGGCUGUGGAAGGCUUCCGCCGAGGUGGAGGCGCCCCCCUCGGUGGUUCUGAACCGCGUGCUGAGGGAGCGCCACCUGUGGGACGAGGACUUCGUGCAGUGGAAGGUGGUGGAAAUGCUGGACAAACAGACGGAAGUCUAUCAGUACGUGCUGAACAGCAUGGCGCCCCACCCCUCCAGGGACUUCGUGGUUCUCAGGACCUGGAAAACCGAUUUGCCCAAAGGAAUGUGUACCCUAGUGUCCCUCUCCGUGGAGCACGAGGAAGCCCAGCUCAUGGGCGGCGUGCGCGCUGUGGUGAUGGACUCCCAGUACUUGAUAGAGCCAUGUGGCUCGGGCAAGUCGCGGCUGACCCACAUCUGCAGGGUGGACCUGAGAGGUCACUCCCCAGAAUGGUACAAUAAAGGCUUUGGACAUCUGUGUGCGGCGGAAGUUGCCAGGAUUAGAAACUCUUUUCAGCCCCUCAUUGCUGAGGGUCCAGAGACUAAAAUCUGAGUUUUCCCAAGUGUGACAUCAAACUCAGGGAAGAGGAAGCGGAAGCAAACUGUGGGAGAGAGUGUGAGCGCGAGGAAGCAAGGGAGAGAGAGAGACCGAUUGACAAGGUUACUGCUCAAAAGCAGAAGCACUGAGAAGUCGGAAUGUCGAAGAUGCAAGAAUUUCUGAGAACUUUUCCUAGCCUUCCUGGAGACGGCUACAUCCCUACUAAUAUAAUAUUUUUAAAAAUCAAGAACAUUUAUCUAUGUUACUUAAAAUUAAAUCGAUUAUUCCUUGUGCAUUGCCUAAUUUUGCUAUUUAAAGGCUUCUAAGAAGCACUAUCAUUAACUGUAAAUAAAUGUUAUGUAUAGCGUAUGUACAUAUGUGUGUAUAUCUUUAUCUUUACUGUAUAUAUGUACAAAGUCAAUUUUAUAUAUAAUUGCGUAUUUUGAAAAGGAGUGCAUCUGAUCAGGUGAGCCCCUUCGGCACACGGUUCCUUCCAAGCCUCUCUGGGUCCUGUGUCCCCACUGCCCUGUAAGCUGAGCAGAAUCUGCUGCUAACACCAAAGUGUGAAAACAAGUUGUCCGCCCUGAUGUUUUACCAAAGAUUAGCCAACCAAAGAAAAACACAUUAAAUGGUUCUCACAUGUUGUCAGUUUGUAUCAUUCAAAACCUGAGAGUGGGGCAUUGGAUAAAGCGAGGAAAAUAAUAGUCCUCUUUAAAGCAAAGAAGUGGGUGAGUAGUCGUUACCAGAUUUAAGACUAUAUUACCAGUUGCCAUGGGGCCGGCAGAUACAGUUUCGCUGAAAUGCCAGAUGCCCGUGGACCACUGGAGUCAGCUCCAGUGACUGAAACAGAACCUGUAUUUCCCUGCUGAUUAGAGCUGAAUAGAAUAGCCUUGGCAUAUUCACAGCCAAAGGGAGCCUCUGUGUUUUGUUGAGGUUUCAUAGAUACAUUGCAUAAUGUUCUUAAAUGUCAUUCUAUUUGACCAGUGGCCUAUUUAAUGGUCACAGUUAAUUGACAUUUUCUUAACAACGUCUUGCACUGAAUUUAACUCUGGACACCAGAUAAAGGGAGAUGCUGGUCACUCAAGAGUCCUGGACCAUUACAGCUUCAGGGAGUUCUAAUAUUGCUACGUAUGAUGCUCUUAAGAUAUUACUCAUUAAAGUUCUACAAUCUGAAAGACAGGGUUUUAAACUAACAUUAAGACCAAAACUGUGUUCUUCAAUUAGCUUUAGAAAAUAUAAACAGGUUUGUUAAGUCCAUGUUUCUUCAUUAGUCAGUCAAGCUAGCUAUGCAUUUGACCGAACCUUAUUUAUUAUUGUAUGGACUAAGCAAAUUGACUAUCCUUAACCAAUCGCUGAUGGAUUUUAAGUUGGGUUUUUUUUAAUUGUAAUUCAGCAGCUCUAGAGAGGAAGAUAAUUUAUUGUGUUUGAUUUCAGGGAGAGAUUGGUAUCAUAAUUUAGCAAUUGGUGUUGGAGGGGAAAAAAAACUGAGUGUUUUCUUUUUAUAUUGUAAUGUUUUCUUUUAUCAGCAUUGUGCAAUUCUUUUAUUGAGAGGAAUAAAAAUGCUAUAAAUGAGUUCUGGAUGGUACAAGUAAAAUCAUACUGUCUGAAUUGUAAUCGAGGAAUUUUUUUUGUUUCCUUGCCUACCGAAGAAGGUGGUGGCAAACCCACAGUUUUCCAUUUGCGCAAUGCUCUGUGAGCAAAACAAAUUCACACCCUAAAUUUAACCACAUAUGCCAGAUUACAUAGACAGGCUCGUUAGUGAAUUUUAAUGUAGCUUAAUGCUAGUCCCACUGCAGAGAUGGGCCCGCGUGUUUUCAGGAGGUGUGACAGGCGCGCAAGGAUGAACAGUGUCCUGUCACCCAGAGCAGGGCUUUUCCAGCCUCAGCAGCACACGGGUCACCUGGAGAUCGUGUUACCAUGAGCCUCUGAUUCUGGCAGGAUCAGGCAGGCCUGAGAUUCUGGAUUCUGAACCAGCUUCAGGGCAAAGACCAUACCCUGAGAAGCCGAGAUCUCGAGGACACUUAGAAUAGAAACAACGUGAUUUGAUUUCUGACUCCCCUUCUCUUCAAAUUACCUUUUUAUUUUUUAUGCACAUACUAAGUACACCCCUGCUGCCUACAGCACAGUGCAUCUUAAAAACAACAAAAAAAAGAGGAGAAAGACGCAUCAAGCUUGUUUGUCAAAUGCCACAGUAUUUUAUGCAUUGUUAUCUUGCCAAUGGAAAUAAAAUAUACUGCCUUUAAAUAAUAUAUUUAUACCUCAUGUAUAUCUUUACCUCGAUUGUUGGCAUCAAUCAUCAAUUGUAAAUAAAUAAUUGCCAAGGCAAAUAAAUUUAUAUACAUUCAA